AUGACGGCCCUUUCUCUUUCGACUCCUCCCCAGCCUGCCGAGGGUCAUCGGCAACACGCAGCCCAGAUCUCGAGGGUUAACAACACCGCCGGCUUUAAUGGCCCCGCACCCGUCAGACAGCAAGGACAAGCAGCUGCUACCGGUUCAAGCACAGCCCCGAGUUCGCUCUCCCGACAGAACGCUCAACUCAUGGCACAGGCGCAACCGCGCGCGCAAGCUGCCGGAUAUUCUUCUUUGCGGAACGAAGGCGAUGGUUUCGGUCAUUCCGAGUCCCCUGGAAAUUCCGCUUUAAGGUCUGCCCACCCAACGACAAAUGGUCGGCAUAGAUCCAUUUCACCAACCUCUGCUGCUCGACGGCCCUCGAGUGCUCCGGGAGACAAGCAUGUCAACUGUCAACAUACCGAUGACGAAGACGAGCUUGAGACGAAUGGCGUUGUUUCCAGACCAGUAAAACCCCCAUUACUGCGGUCCAAGAGCGAGCAUGGAAUCCGGAUGGAGGACGCCGAGACUGUUGUGGAAGAGGACAUUCACGAGUGGGGUGCGAGGCAUGGUUUCGAGGACCACUAUCAAUCAAAGGCCAUAAUAUCCCAACUCGCCAAUGUAAGUUUUAUUUCUUUUCUUUCAAGCCAUUGGCUUCCUGUCCGUUCCAUUCUAUGUCGUUAG